CUAUUUUAUGUUUUGAAUAAAUUUUAUAUUGGUGUUAUCAAUAGAAUAGCCUAUGUCUGUAUGUGCUAAAUGUUUAUUUAAUGUUUAAUGAUAUUUUUAAUUUUUACAAAUAGUUUGACAUAGCCUUAAAUCAUGACUGAGCAAAUCAAGCCUUCAUGGCCCAUACCUGCAGAUACAAGUCGGUAUAAGUUUGUAUGGAGAUAUUCAUCUGCAGCUGCAAUUUCAACUGUUGGAAUGUUGACUAAAAUUUGGUUGUGCAAGUUCAACAAUGUAAAAAUAUUUAUGGAGUCUACGCUGCAUGAUGUCAUCAACAAACGACCUCAAAAUACUGCUUUAAUCACUGUUUCAAAUCAUUAUAGCUGCAUUGAUGACCCUUUACUAUGGGGAUGCUUACGAUGGAAAGCUUUCUUUCAACCAAAAAAUAUGAGGUGGAGCAUGGGUGCUUAUGAUAUCUGCUUUACAAAUAAAUUAUAUGGAUGGUUUUUUGGGCUUGGUAAAGUGAUACCAGUUGUACGAGGUGGAGGUAUCUACCAACAAGGGAUGGAUUUUAUGUUGAAUAAGCUGAAUGAAGGCCAAUGGAUGCAUAUAUUUCCUGAAGGACGUGUCAAUAUGACUAAAGAAUUUAUCAGACUGAAAUGGGGUGUUGGACGUUUAGUAAGUGAAUGUGAACAAUCUGUUAUUGUUCUGCCUUUUUAUCAUGUCGGAAUGGAUGAUAUUUUACCGAAUAGAAGACCUUACAUUCCUAGAGUUGGUAAGAAAGUAACCAUUCUUAUCGGUAGCCCGAUGGUAUUUGAUUCUCAUAUUGACACCUGGAAAAAAAUGGGAUGGACUAAAGAAAAUAUCAGAAAAGAAAUAACUGAUAAAAUACAAGAAGAACUCGGAAAAUUAAAAGUCAAAGCUUAUAGCUUGCAUUUUGGAAAUGAAAGCUCAUGAUAAUUAAUGUCUUACAUGUGAAAAUGAUUGAUGUUUUUUAUAGAUAUAUGGUAUUUCUUUAAAAUUAGGAUGUAACACACAUAGAUGAUAUCAAUUUCCUAAUUUUAAAUACAAAUACUGAAAUUUAGUAUUCCGUUAGCAUAAUUUAAUUCUGAUUAUCAUUUUUGUUUGCUGUGAUUGUGACAUUCUCAAUGAUUAUUAAAAUUAAUCUCACAAAGCAUUGGUGGGUUGGCUACUUGUUAUUAUUGAUAUGAUGGAUGGUUAAAAUGUAUUUUUCAUGAAACAUAAUUAAGUUCAUUUUAUUGAUAUUGUAUCAAUUAGAGAUGUAUCGGUAUCGGCAAUAUCGACCAUUUUUUUCGGUAUCGGCCAUGUAUCGGUUAGAUUAAGGACGAUAUUUCCGAUAUAUUUACCUUUUUGAUAUGGCCCAGAAUGUUUCAAAAGAUUAGUUGGAAUACUACUUUUUAAUAUUUAUUUUUUGUCUGGAGAGAUCGUGAGCCAUGAGCCGUACAUGUCCCCACACGAGAGAAUAGGAUUCACAUGUUUUUAGCUAUUUAUCAGCCAAACUAGCUCAACUAAUUUGGCUAUUUUCGUUGUCAAAUUUUUAUAUUGACAUUUUUAAUAUUACAUAGUAAUAAUAAAGAAAUAUAUCAACACGGCACAUAACAAAAAGCAACUAGGCGCCCAGUUUUAAAUCAUACAGUGGAAUUGGGGUCCUUAUUAAUGGCACAUAGACCUUUGGCAAGGGUAUAUUUUCUGUUUGUCGUCAAGUACGAGUGUCAUUUAGUCCGCCGACCUCGAUAAACUAAAUUCCGACACAAUUAUUCCUCUACGUAGAUAUUAAUUUUAAUUUUGU